AUGGCCAAUUCUGUAUAUGAUACUUAUGUAUCUCCUCUCUCUACAAGGUAUGCUUCAACAGAAAUGAAAUUCAAUUUCAGUGACAGAAAAAAAUUUACUACAUGGAGAACUCUUUGGACUUUAUUAGCACAAGCUGAAAAGGAAUUGGGCUUGGACAUAACCGAUCAACAGCUAAAGGAACUGCAGGACAACGUGAACAAUGUGGACUUCGUGGCGGCGGCCAACGAAGAGAAGCUCACCCGACACGAUAUCAUGGCUCACGUGCACACGUAUGCCACUUGUUGUCCGACCGCAGGGCCCAUAAUUCAUUUAGGUGCCACUUCGUGCGAUAUAGGAGACAACGCUGAUCUAGUGGUAUUGAGAGAUGCUUUUGAUAUUUUAUUACCAAAACUUGCUGGCUGCGUGAAAACUUUAGGCGAAUUUGCUGACAAACACAAGUCAUUGCCUACUUUAGGUUUCACACAUUUUCAGCCUGCUCAGUUGACCACUGUUGGCAAACGAGCAUGUCUCUGGCUACAGGAUUUGAUUAUAUGCGAAAAAAAUAUAAGCCAUGUUCGUGCUAACUUAAAAUUCCGUGGUAUCAAAGGAACCACUGGUACCCAAGCAUCUUUCUUACAACUUUUCAAUGGUGAUUAUUCAAAAGUCAGAGAAUUGGAUAACAGGGUAACUCAGCUUGCUGGUUUUCAAUCUUCUUAUUCAGUUACUGGUCAAACAUAUCCUCGAAUCGUAGAUGCAGAAGUUGUUUCAUCUUUGAGUGUUCUUGGGGCUUCUGUCCAUAAAAUGUGUACAGACUUGAGGUUGUUAGCUGGUAUGAAUGAAAUCGGUGAACCUUUUGAACCGACUCAAAUCGGUUCAAGUGCCAUGGCUUACAAACAGAAUCCCAUGAGAAGUGAAAGGGUUUGUUCUAUUGCUCGCUAUUUAAUGAAUUUAGUAAAUAACCCUUUGACAACUGCAUCGGUGCAAUGGUUGGAACGUUCAUUAGAUGAUAGUGCAAAUAGACGUUUGUGUUUAUCAGAAGCCUUUUUAGCUGCUGACAGUGUAUUGUUAACAUUACAAAAUAUUCUUGAAGGGUUAACUGUGUUCCCAAAAGUCAUAGCAAAAAAUAUUGACAAAGUACUACCUUUUAUGGCUACAGAAAAUAUAAUUAUUGCAAUGGUCAAAAUUGGAGGAGAUAGACAAGUUUGUCAUGAAAAAAUAAGAGUUUUAUCAUUAGAAGCUGCUAGUACAGUUCGCAUUGAAGGCAAAGACAAUGAUCUUUUAGACAGGGUUAUAAAAGAUCCAUAUUUUGCUCCAAUAUUAGAUCAACUACCUCAGCUUUUAGAACCAUCCACAUUCAUAGGAUGUGCUCCAGAUCAAGUUACAUAUUUUUUGAAAGAAGAAGUACAGCCUGUAGUCAAUAAGUAUAUAACUAAGAUCAAAACGACUGCUACAAAAUUGGAUAUUUAAAUCACAGUACUACUUAAUGUGUACUUUAAUGAAGCUACAGAGAAAAUAAUUGAAAUUAUUUCUUUACUUUAAUUAUAAAUUAAUAGAUUCAGUUGUUCAUGUUAG